GAGGCUGGACGGCCGCGGCAGGGGGCGAGGCCGCCCGGGGCUGGCGGCGGGGGCCGCCGGGGGCCCGGGGCGGCGGGACGGCGGCGGGGCCCGGCGCAUGGCGGCGGCGGGGAGCAUCACCACGCUGCCGGCGCUGCCCGACGACGGGGGCAGCGGUGCCUUCCCUCCCGGGCACUUCAAGGACCCUAAGCGGCUCUACUGCAAGAACGGCGGCUUCUUCCUGCGCAUCAACCCCGACGGCAGAGUGGACGGCGUCCGGGAGAAGAGCGAUCCCCACAUCAAACUGCAACUGCAAGCUGAAGAAAGAGGAGUGGUGUCGAUCAAAGGUGUAAGCGCAAAUCGCUUUCUGGCCAUGAAGGAGGAUGGCAGGUUGCUGGCCUUGAAAUGUGCAACAGAAGAAUGUUUCUUUUUUGAGCGUUUGGAAUCUAAUAACUAUAACACUUACCGGUCACGGAAAUACUCGGAUUGGUACGUGGCACUGAAAAGAACUGGACAAUACAAACCUGGACCAAAAACUGGACCUGGACAGAAAGCUAUCCUUUUUCUUCCCAUGUCUGCUAAAAGUUGAUUUCCACGGUGGAUUCUGAGCACAUCUGCCACACUGCACUAAGACGUCAAGUUUCCUAUGCCUCGCUGAAGUAGAAAAAAGAUAAGCAGUUAUUUGCUGAUAUUAACUACUUUUGCAAAUACCAGAUUAAAACAUGAAUGUUUGAUACUGUCUUUAUAUUGUUUUUAAAGCUAUUGUGCCAGUGUGUGUGGAGGUAAAAUUAUUUGGAGAAAAUGUAUUUUCAGGAUCAGUAACACUUGUAUUUUC